GAGAGAAAAGUCUUCACAGCAGAAGAAGAAAUCACUUUUUUGUCCCGAAUCAGUGGGUGGAGGCCAAACCCUUCAGCAAGAAGAGAAGCAACUUCAGCCGUGUAUGCAAAUGGAUAACCGGUUGCCUCCCAAAAAAGUUCCAGGUUUCUGUUCCUUUCGCUAUGGAUUGUCUUUCCUUGUGCACUGUUGUAAUGUUAUAAUAACAGCACAGCGCGCAUGCCUGAACCUCACAAUGGUAGUCAUGGUGAAUAGCACAGAUCCACAUGGUUUGUCCAACACCUCCACAAAGAAGCUCCUGGAUAAUAUAAAGAACCCUGUGUAUAAUUGGAGCCCAGAUAUCCAGGGAAUCAUCUUGAGUUCCACCUUCUAUGGUGUCAUCAUCAUCCAAGUUCCUGUUGGAUACUUCUCUGGAAUAUAUUCUACAAAGAAAAUGAUUGGCUUUGCAUUAUGCCUCAGCUCUGUGUUAAGCCUGCUCAUCCCACCAGCAGCUGGAAUUGGAGCAGCUUGGGUCAUUGUAUGUCGAGCAGUUCAGGGAGCAGCCCAGGGGAUAAUUGGAACAGCCCAGUUUGAAAUAUAUGUCAAAUGGGCUCCUCCCCUGGAACGAGGCCGACUUACUUCUAUGAGUACAUCAGGGUUUUUGCUGGGACCCUUUAUUGUCUUACUUGUGACUGGAGUUAUCUGUGAAUCUCUGGGCUGGCCCAUGGUCUUCUAUAUUUUUGGUGCUUGUGGCUGUGCUCUAUGUCUUCUCUGGUUCAUUCUGUUUUAUGAUGACCCCAAGGACCACCCAUGUAUAAGCAUCAGUGAAAAGGAAUACAUCACAUCCUCCCUGGUCCAGCAGGUCAGUUCAAGUAGACAAUCUCUGCCUAUCAAGGCUAUGCUUAAGUCGCUUCCAGUCUGGGCUAUUUCCAUUGGUAGUUUUACGUUUUUGUGGUCACAUACCAUCAUGACACUAUACACUCCAAUAUUUAUCAACUCCAUGCUUCAUGUUAAUAUAAAAGAGAAUGGGUUCUUGUCUUCCCUUCCCUAUUUGUUUGCCUGCAUCUGUGGUAACCUAGCAGGUCAGUUAUCAGACUUCUUCCUGACCAGGAAUAUUCUCAGUGUAAUUGCUGUGCGGAAACUCUUCACAGCAGCAGGAUUUCUCCUUCCUGCAAUCUUUGGUGUAUGCCUGCCUUACCUGAGUUCCAGCUUCUACAGCAUUGUCGUUUUCCUAAUACUUGCUGGUGCAACAGGCAGCUUUUGCUUGGGUGGAGUAUUUAUAAAUGGCUUGGAUAUUGCUCCCAGAUAUUUUGGAUUUAUUAAAGCAUGUUCAACUUUAACUGGAAUGAUAGGAGGACUAAUUGCUUCCACUUUGACUGGAUUGAUCCUUAAGCAGGAUCCAGAAUCCGCCUGGUUUAAAACCUUCAUCCUGAUGGCAGCCAUUAAUGUGACUGGCCUAAUUUUCUACCUUAUAGUUGCUAAAGCAGAAAUUCAGGACUGGGCUAAAGAAACACAACACACACGUCUCUGAAGGUGAGAAGUGAUCAGAUUAAGGACAAUUUUUGAAACUGGGAAUGCAGUAGACAGAGGAGUUAAGGAUGACUCCUCAGAUG